AAAAAAAAAAAUUUCCCCCAAAUUCUAAAAUCCCGCCCUCACUAAAAUCCAACCCCCUUUAAAAUCCCUAACCCCAAUCUCUGUUCCCCCUCGUCAUCAGUGACGAUCUUCAGUCUACUCUCGAGCUCCCUUCUCUCAUCAACGACGAUUGGGGCAACUUCAAACCCUCUCGAAUCCUCAAGAAGCCUAAACCCUCGACCCCUCCCUCCAUCGAAUCCUUCGCCUACGGCCGAAACCAAAAGGAUUGUAGAGCGAUUUGUUGAUAUACAUGGGGCAGGAUCAAUAUAACGUUGUUCUAAUCUUUGAUAGCGGGAGUGCUGUCUGCAGGAGGUUUUUGGAGAUCCCGGCCGCGACGAGAGCCUUUGUAUUUGAGCUGCUGGGCUUUAAGCAUGAUGUUGAGGAUAUCGGGAGUGCUAUCUGGUUCUUGCGAGACCUUGCUAGGGAGCAAGAUGCGGAUGAAGGCGUGGUCCUCGAGCAUUCAGGCAUAGCUGAGUCAGUUGGUCUGCGGUAUAGAGAUGCCCCUGUGAUAGUCACUACAGCAAUUGGUCAGAUGGGAAUUUCCAAGGGAAGACAAGGAAGGGAGGCACAAAAUUUAGUGCGUGUGUAUCUGGCAAAUUUGCGGCUUAAGGAAGUUGGUACGGAUGUGCUGAUUACUGCCUAUGAACCUGUCUUAAUCAAGUCUGUGACAAUGUAAUGGAAGGAGAACUGUGAUAGUUAGCAAUACCCAAACCGCAAGUGAACUACAGGGUCUGUCUUCCCUACUUCGGGUCGUCUACUUACUGGCAUUGGCUUCAGAACCCAGGUCUGUCUUUCCGCUACUGCUAGGUUUCUCUGCUCUUAAGUACUUGGGUAGGAAGUUAAUUAUUGCUUCUCUUCCAUUACAUGUGUCACAGGCCCCAACUACCAAUAGAAGGAGAAUUGUGAUAGUUAGCAACCAUGUUGAGCCUUUUAUUCAAGUGAGUAAAAAAAGACCCACAACACAUAAAUACCGGAGAAAUUAACAAUAACCAAAUCGGCAAGCUAACUCAAUUUGAAAUCCCGUUGUCGGCUUCAGGAACUCCAGGUCUGUCUUUCGCCUACUUCGGGUAGUCUAACUUUCUUACAUUGGUUUGUCUACAAAAUGUUGUUGUCAGGAGGUUCAUAGAAACCUAAGUCAACAUUAGGUUCUCAACUUUUGAAUUUCUUUGUUUGUAUACCAAAAAUUGAUCCAUAAGUUUUGGAUUGAUUUAUGUUUGAUAGGGGGUGGAGCUGCAAUUGUUUGUGGGGUAUAUAUGGGUUUCAGCUGGUUUAUUUUUUUCUUUAAUUUUCCUUCUUCUUUUGGAUGUCUCAAGAUUGUUGGAUGAAGAUGAUGAAAUUCUAUAAAGAAAGGAUCGAAGAGAGGUUACUUUUAGGGAGUAGAAUGGUUGGAUUAAUUAAAUGCAAUAGUGCAACAAGUAAAUUAAUUUUAUUCAUGCAUAGGAAAAUGGAAAAAAAAUGUGGAAAGUUGUACGUUAUACUUGGAAGAGUAAAAUGAUAAAUGAAUGAAGGCAUAGAAAAAUGCAUGAGAGAAAAGUUGUAAUAUGUUAAUUUGGAUGAACUUUAAGGGAUAUUUUGGGAAAUAAAAGUUUUGUCACCCAUCUUCUCUUUUAUAAGUAGUAUAGUAUGGAUUAGGUGAGAAAAGGCAGUCAUCAUGACAUGAGAACCAUUGGUUUCCCAUUCACACCUGGUAAUUUGAAGGUUUAAUGAGAUAUAUGAAUGAAAUCAGUUCAAUGACGUAUACUUUUUAGUCUUACAGUGUCAUGGAAUGGGACUUGUCCUAAGUUGCUGAUGUGACCAAUACUAAAUAGACAUGGGAUGCUUAAGUUGAUCAAUAUUACUGAUGAUCAAUGAAGGACAACUAUGUGGAUAUUUCCAAUUCCCAGCUUGAUCAGUUAUUCAUUACUGGUGAUCACCAAAGGACCAUUCAAUGGAAAUUUUCAAUUAUGAAGUCCCAUUAGAAAUGAAAUGAAUGAUAUAAUGAACAUACUCAGAAUGUAGAAACAUGUGCUAGACUUUGUUUGGGACUCAAUAAAUGAAAAGGUUAACCAAGGGAUAUAGUGGUCCUUCAUACAUUAUCAAAUCGAAUUAACGUAUCAACUUUACAUUGCAUAAAUCCUGCCUAAUUCCUCUCUUGGUAAAAGAUGCAAUUGUGAUGAUACUGAUUUGAUCACAAAAAUAAAUGCUAAUUGUAAUCCAAUAAACAAGGAGAAAAAGGUUAAAAGUAGCCUGUUCUGCUAUGAAAAUAAAUUUGACAGACUUAUUUCAUCUCAAGGUCAAAGGCUAGAAGAAUACAACGGAUUGUAUUGGUAGUAUUGAGACCACUGCAUCAUGUCCUAAUUGUUCAUCUCCCUUGAUUUGAAGUUAAUAGCUCAUACUUCUGGCUUACGACAAACCAGCAGUCUAGGUGUAUUUAAUUAAAUGUUCUAUACAGACUCUCUGUUGGAUCACUGUGAAUGCUUUGCAAGCUCUUGUCCUUUAAAGACUGCAAUUUAUGCAUUAUUUUAUUGUUU